GCAAACAAAACAAAAAUAAAUCAAAACGUCUUAAAUCUGAUUUUGUCUUUAAAUCAACCAACUUUCAACCAGAGAUAAAGAAAAACAAUUUUCACCAUUCUUUUCUCUCGUGAUUUCAGUUUUGUUCAACAACGUAAUGCUCGAUGAUGACUAAUGGUAAGGCAAUGAUGCAGCUGGCCGUGGCUGUGGCUUUCACAAUUUUUCUGCUGGCGCAGAACGGACAUCUGGUUGCUGCUGAUACGAACCUCCAAAGCCAGGGAGAAUGUCGGAAGUUGGACACAUGCCGUUGUGAAUAUCCUGAUGGCCGAGGAAUCGAUCUUAAUCACAUCGUAGAAAAGAUUGAGUCUUAUAUGUUUACAAUCGAUCCAGCCAACCAAGACGAAUACUUUUUCCAUCCUUGCUCCGAUAUUCGGUUUCUUCCGCCAGACAGCGGGACCAACGAUUGUGGCGCUUAUGGUUAUGCUGUUUGUCGAAAGCGAACCACGAAUGCUACAAGUACAUACCAAAGACUUGGAACGACUAAGGACAGCACUUUCCGUUCUUCAGAAGAUGGAAAGCUUUAUCUAGUCUACAAGAUCGAUAGCCUUACCAUAACUUUUCAACUAUUCUGUACGGAAGGUACAGAUAAGUCUUUCAUUUUCUUCGAGAGCUUUGAAAGCAAAAGCACAGAUCAAGCUAACAAUGAAACGAAUAUACUUCUCUUUUCACCCCACGCUUGUCUGAUAAGAAUCGAAGAAAUCUCAUCUUCAAGCGUGGGUAGUGUGCUGUUGAUUCUGUUCCUCAUCGGCACAUUUACCUACUUUACGAUCGGAUCGAUCGUACGGUUCAUGUAUCUCGGGGCCCGUGGCAUCGAAGUGGUUCCCAACCUAGAGUUUUGGAAAGAUUUACCCAGUCUGGUUAGAGAAGGGGUCCGAUUCGUACAGAACGGAUGUCGCGUGGAGCACACACCGAAUUCCGAUUCGUAUGAUGCCAUCUAAAAUGGAUGCACCUUUUGAUAUUUUGCUGUUGUGAGAAAGCCACAGGGAAAGAUUCUCGCAGUACCAACAUUGGCAGGACAUAUUUGUUUACCAAAAACAAUGAACCUUCGUAAAUUGAAAAGUUGUUGGAUCGGAAUCUUUUUUCUACCUACGACGAUACCAUUUGACUGAUGAGUGUACAUAAAAUAUAUGCGUGUUUUUUUUUCUUCGAA